AUGAAUAAGAUUCUCCUACUUGUAGAAUUUCAAAAAACAAAUCAUAAAGAAGUUGCAGGGAGCUAUAAUGAUUUCUUCAGCUUUCCAAACAAUUCUUGGAUACAGUGGGCUGGUGCCAGUAUAACUUUGGUUAAAUGGGAUGGAAUAGGACAUGAGCUUGCUCUCUCAUCAGUAUUUGUAGUGUUGUCUGUUUAUCAGCGUACAAGAUUUAUGAAUACAUACUUUUCUGUGGAAGUGAUAUCAAGAAGCAGCACAGGGUGGACUGAAGAGAUGGAUUGGGCUAUAGUACAUGCCACAAGUAAAGCAAUGCAAGCUGAAGUAUAUAGAAUGAACCUAUCAGGUGCAAUGUAUUUUAUUUGGCAAGAGAGGAACUGUAGAAUUUUUCAGCAUAAGGAGAUGACCACAGAGGUGAUCAUCAGUAACAUCAUACGAGAAAUCCAUUGCAGAGGGACUGGCUGAAUUUAUGCUUAUAUUUAAUUUUUAUCUAUAGUAU